AUGAGGUCGCCACAGAUCCUCGUUCCCGCGAAUGCUGAAAACGUGUCACCGCUGACUAGCAGCGCACGUCUCAUUGUGGAUGUGCUAGGCAGCGGUACUGCCGACGUAGCGACCAAGCAGCGAGGACUGCAACUGCGGCGUUUCUCCGUAGUGGACAGCAGCACAAGCGAACAGAGUUCUGUGUCUCAUGAGUUGUCUCGCUCGCCGUCCUCUGCUGCUUCGGCGCCUCGCCGACGCCGCGGCGACAAGCAUCGACUUCCCGAAGAGCUGCUCACUCACGCGCCUGCGGACUUCACAGGAACGGAAAUACCUUCUCCACACUGUUCCACCGCUGGCGAGGACGCGGCGGCGCUUUCCCCAGAAAAGUUGGACGACGCGAAGGGAACCGGAGACUCUUCCAGGCUGCUGCUGCCUCAGUCUCACAGUCAUGUUGCGCUGGUCUCGAGGCCGUCUGUCGGCAGUCUUGCUCCUACUGCUGUCGUGGCGACCGUCACAGAGUCACCACCCCCCUCUGUGAUGUUGCAACCGUUGCCGCAUCCUGAGACACACAAACACUCCGCCCGCAGGCACAGUGCUGCAGCAGUGUGUCAAGCUUCUACUCCGCGGCCAAAGGAAUCGAGACUAGCACCAGCAGCCGCGGAGGUUCAGCAGCCGCAGUCGAAGCGACAGUUGGAGGAUGGAAACCUGAAAGGCCCAUUACCAAGCCGGAGUUACACGUCGGUGCCUCAGUGGACGCGCCAUAUGAAGAAGAGGGACGGGUUGUACGUUACGCGCGCCCGUAUGACCAACCCUACGGCCCUUUACGACAGAGGCAUCAAGGAGCUUCAAAGAAUCUCAGCCAAGCGGGAGGCGAUGCGUGCGAAGUUGGAGGAGGCUGAGCUGGCGGAGGCGACGUUUCACCCCUCCAUCUCCCCUCGUGUCAGCGCGCUCAAGCGCAGCGGGGACAUUGCCGGUGUUGACCGUGACUCCUCCGCUCAACUGCGGUACCGCCUCCAUCUGCUAGAGCUGCCGGAUGGGUUGGCGGAUGCGUCGCAUCGCUACACCCCUCGCCUUUCACACACAUCAGAGAUGAUCGUGCGGGCGUGCCGCGAGCGCGGCGGUGCUGAGUUGCCUCCAGAAGAGCGACUGUACCGCGACUACUUCUACCGGCAACAGACAAUCGAUGAGGCGCGGCUGGUGACGCCACCACCGACGGUGGUGCGCAGCAAGCGUGACAUCGAUGUGCACAUCGCGGAACUCUACGCGUUCGAGCAGCAGCGGCAGCACGCAAUCACGGCGGCUCGCGAGGCACUCUUGUCAGCUUCCGCGGGGGUGCACCCUCGUGUCUACGUGGAUCCUCGAGCGUUGGUGGAGCGCCUGACAAAGAACCGUUCUCUGUCACAGCGACGCACCGCCGCAGCUCAGCUGGAGAAGGAUCAGUGGCCCUUCCAGCCUCAGACCAGCGCAAACGCCAGGAUGCUGGCGCAUCAAGCCCGCCUGCGUGGUCUUCACCGGUGGGUGCGCUACUUCUGCGGCUCUGACAUUCUUUCGCUACCUGUGCUCUCUACGUUUCAGGGACAAGCCGCCCACGAGGCAGCGAGGCUGUACGCCCUGCUGUGGCAGCACAGUCCCGCCAAAACCGAGUGGAGCGCCAAGGAACUCGCUGAGGCCUUUUUGGAUGGCGUGAAGGACAACCCCUUUGUUGCGGAGCUGUGGCGUCGUCGUCCCCCUGUGGGCGAGGCGUCCGUGACAUUGAGCGAGCUGACGUACCGUCCUUGCCUCAACCCCAAGAGCGCCAUCAUCGUAGAGAAGAUGGAGGCGGAGCACCGCUGCGGUCCGGCUCAUGACCGCCUGUUCCUUGACGCAAGGGCUAAGCAGCUAUCCCAAAGGCAGCAGGAGCUGGAGGAGGAGCAGGCCGCACUCGAGAGCAAGCAGCGCGAGCAACAGCGACGGCAGCGACGGCAAGCUGCCUGGCACGCACAGGAGGCGCACCGGCUUGAGGUGUAUUUGGCGGAAAAAACAAAAGAGAGCUGCAAAAACGCUACUGCCGAAGCGACCGCAGCACAUGAGCGGCCACAUCCUCGUACCGCCACCUCCUCUCGCCGACUUUUUCCGUCCUCAUCGUCUCCUCAGCGUCACAGAGGUGAUUCUGCCAGCAAGCUCUCGUCUUCGUCACCAAGGCCAUCCCCAGUUACCGAAACUAAUACUGUUAUUCUCGUACCACGCUCUCCUACACCGUCGAUGCUAGGGACUCCAUCUGCCCCGCCGUCAGAAGUCGCGCGCAUGAGAAGCAACAAGACCGGCGGCCCUACGAAGGCCACGAACAGCAGCGGGCAUAGCAGUGCCAGCCACUCCAGGUAUCCUUCUCCUCUUUUCCAACCGACGACAACUUCAGUGCAGGCCGUUCCAUCGCCACCGCCCUCGGCGAGCAAUAUUCUUCUAAGCGUCGAGACCUGGCCCGAGGCCGAAAAGCAUAAACUAGAUAGAGCAGCAGAGGCCCUUCGCGAUCUUCUCACGGACCCGACACGCCCCUGCGGGGCAUCUCAGCAGGCAUCAGCUGCCUCAUCGCAGCGCUCCCCCCCGGCUGCAACCCGCAUCCCCCCUUGCGACAUGAAACUCCCCCACAACAGUCGGGACAAGCUACCUGCGCGCACCAUUGAUGUCGUGCUCGAGUGCGCGCGACUGCGUGAUCCCCGGACACUCCCUUCCGGCGAAAGAGAGCGACUAGACAGGGCCCAAAAGCGUCAACUGCGGGAGCUUGGACGCCUCCUCUACAGCCGCUACAAAUCAAACAUAUACAGCACAAAUAGCGCGUGA